UUCAUUUUCAUACCCCAAAGUAUCAAAGCUCAUGAGUGUGGCUGUGAUUUUUUUGUUUUCUUGGGAACUUUAACUUGUUUCCGUCAAAUACUAUUUGGGUUUUGACUCCUGUUUGUUUCGCUCUUGGUUACUGUGAAAAAUGGGUUCUUUAUUAUGUUAUUUUUCUGGUCCAGAUUGUAAGUGCUCUGCGUUUUUUGAUUUUGUAAUACGUCUGCCACUUGUGGUUUGGUUGGUGGGAAUGCUUGUAGCAGAGGAAGAGAAAACUUGGGCUUCUCUUCUCUCCUGUAUUUUCUGGGGAACCCAAAUGGAGCUUUCUGUUAAAGUUUUGAUGGGUAAUGCAUGUAAUAGUGAUUUUGUUAUGGAAUGGAAUAAAGGAGAGAACUUGGGAUGCCCAAUUUCUUUACAUAUUCUGAGGAAGCAAACAGAGAGGUAGCACUUCAAUGCUCUGGAGCAAAAAGAGCAAGUGACCUUUGAAUUAGUAUUAAUCAAGUCUUCAUCAACUUCUGCGCUGACCAUGGCUCCCAGUAAAACACAGAUUGCUAAUGCUUUUAAAGCAUCAAAGGCCUUGGGAAUUAGUACUGAAGAAAUCAGACCUGUCCUCAGAGACUUGUACAAAUCUUUUCACAAGAAUUGGGAGCAUAUUGAAGCAGACAACUACAGGGUUCUAUUUGAUAGAUACUUCGAAAUGCAGGAGAAUAAGGGAGAAGCAGAAAAGAGAGAUGAAAGACCAGGUAAAGCAGUGCAUUUGGCAGAGGAAGACCAGGUUUCUAAAAGAACUGGAUCAAGUUUUGAACUGCCCCUCAAACAUUCCACUCACAGUGGAAAUGUCCAAUUUCCCCGUCAUGUGGUCUCUGGAAAUGGAAGAGUACACCCUGAAAGAGCAUCAGCAGUCUCGCUUACUAGUCACACAAACUACUUCAUGAAGCCAAAGAAUGAGGGAUCCACAAAUGAUGCUAUAGUUUCUGCAGAACAAACCUCAAUGAGACGUCCAGGACCAAUGAACGGAUCUGCUAGAAUACAACGACCUAAGACAGACUCAAAUGGUGCAUCCAUUUCUCGACCAAUGAACGGAGCUGCUAGAAUACAACGACCUAAGACAGACUCAAAUGGUGCAUCCAUUUCUCGUGAGGACAAGAAGCCAAUCAUUUAUAAAUCAGACAUAACCAAAUCAACUGAAAAAGUGCCAAUAUCCUUAGUAGAUGAUGUUGGGAUUGAGAGCUUGCCAAAGUUCAAUUACAUCCCACAAAACAUCAUAUACCAAAAUGCCAAUCUGAAUAUUUCACUGUCUCGCAUUGCGGAUGAGGAUUGCUGCCCAGAUUGUUUUGGAGAUUGUCUUUCAGCAGCAUUUCCUUGCGCAUGUGCUCGUGAAACUGGUGGGGAGUUUGUGUACACACCAGAAGGCCUACUGAAAGAAGAUUUUCUAAGUAACCGCAUGGCUCUGGUGAGGGAACCGGAUAAGCAACCUCAUGUUUAUUGUCAAGACUGUCCUAUUGAGAGGUCUAAGAAUGAAGACAUGCCUGAAAAAUGCAAAGGACACGUGGUCAGGAGGUUUAUCAAAGAAUGCUGGAGAAAAUGUGGAUGUGACAUGCAGUGUGGAAAUCGUGUUGUACAAAGGGGAAUUUCGUGCAAGUUGCAGGUGUUCUGGACUCCUCAAGGAAAAGGCUGGGGAGUUAGAACCUUAGAGGUCUUAGAGAAAGGAUCAUUUGUCUGUGAAUAUGUCGGGGAGAUAAUGACUAACACAGAGUUAUAUGAGCGGAAUAUGGAAAGCACUGGUAGUGAGAGACAUACAUACCCCGUGACACUAGAUGCAGAUUGGGGGUCAGAACAAAUUUUGAGGGAUGAGGAUGCCCUCUGUCUGGAUGCGACGCUUCACGGCAACGUUGCAAGGUUCAUCAAUCAUAGAUGCUUUGACGCAAACUUGGUUGAUAUCCCAGUUCAAGUGGAAACUCCUGACCGCCAUUAUUAUCAUCUUGCCUUCUUUACUACCAGGAAAGUGAAUGCCUUUGAAGAGUUGAAUUGGGAUUAUGGGAUUGAUUUUGAUGAUGAAGAUCAUCCUAUUGAGGCAUUUCAGUGCAGUUGUGGAAGUCCAUUCUGCCGAAACAUAAACAGAAAGGGAAAACAGCGGUGACUGUUGGAUGACCGAUGACAACUCGUUGCAGAGUACUUCCUUUAGUUGGCUUUAUGUUUGUUGUUAAUUUUGGAAGUACAUUAGUGGCUUGUGCUACCUUUGUUGCUGAACUACAGAAUUGUUUGGCUAAGAUUAGAAUGCUAGAGAAAAUUAGAGAUAUUUUGUUGAUUUGUACAUGGGUACUAUUCUUUGAGUUUUACAAUCCUUCAAAUUUUAGUGUCAUUGAAAAUUGAGACAGUGUGUUAUGAAAAUUGAGACUGACAAAGUAUAUAAGUUCCAAGA